UGCAGAGUGAAGAGUGAAGAAGAAAGAGGUGUUAGCAGAAAUGGGUGGUGGCGGUGCGGUGAGGUUAGGGUUGUGGGCGGUGGCGCUGUGCAUUGCAGGGUACAUAGUGGGUCCACCUCUCUACUGGCACUUCGUUGAACUCAUCAAACACUCUUCUUCUUCUUCUUCUUGCGCUCCUUGCAUCUGCGAUUGCUCUUCCCACCCCACCGUUUCCAUUCCCCAACGGCUUGCCAAUUCCUCAUUUCAAGAUUGUGCAAAGCGCAAUCCAGAGGUGGAUGGAGACACUGAAAAGAAUGUUGCGGAGUUACUGUCAGAAGAACUAAAUCUCCGGGAGACUGAAGCUUUGAAAAUUCAGCAUCGUGGUGACAUGGCUCUGCUGGAGUCCAAGAAGAUGGCAUCUCAAUAUCAAAAAGAAGCAGACAAGUGCAAUUCAGGAAUGGAGACAUGUGAAGAAGCCAGGGAAAAGGCUGAGAUGGCAUUAGUGGCUCAGAAGAAACUCACUGCAUUGUGGGAACUGAGAGCUCGUCAGAAAGGAUGGAAAGAAGGGAUUGCCAAAUCUAAGACUCGUUCUCAAGGGAAAGUACAAACUGCUUAAGACUUGGUUUGAUCCAUUCAUAAAAGCUGGAAAUUUUCAAUCUUUUGCUUAAGGGGCAAGAAGACAACUCUUACCACUCUUGGUUAUUGCCGUCGUCUCUUUUCACCCUUGAUUACCUAUCAAGUUAGCUCGCUACGUUUUCAGAAUUCAGAUGAUGGGUUUUGUGGGACCCAAAAGUUUGCCAAGUUUGGACACCGUCCUUUAAGAAGUGUACCACACAAAUUAGUGUACCCUUUGGAUACUUAUCUGAUGAGGCCACGACCAAUUUAUAACGAGAAUGAUUAAGAAUGAACGUAAGUUUAAGCAGUUAUUCACUUUGCCAAUCCAAAAAUAGAAUAUAAUUAAGUGCUAAACCAUGCAAUAAUGGUUUCAGACUCA